CGGAGCGGGCGGCGGGUCCGGAGCGGGCGGCGGACGGGGGGGACCUGAGCGGCCGCGAUGUGGAGGCGGCUGGAGGAGCGAGUGUCCGGUCUCUGCUCCGUCCUCACCGGACUGUCCGUCGUCUACUGGGCGCAGAGUGUCAAUGGAAUCGGGAACAUUUCCAUGGUGAAACGGACAGUGGACAGGCUGCUCAGAGGCUACGACAUCCGCCUCCGGCCUGAUUUUGGAGGGUCUCCGGUCACUGUGGGGAUGAGUAUACACAUUGCCAGCAUUGACAUGAUCUCGGAAGUUAACAUGGAUUACACCAUCACCAUGUACUUCCAGCAAGGUUGGCGGGACAAGCGUCUCUCGUACACGGCCAUCCCUCUCAACCUGACGUUAGACAACCGCGUGGCAGACCAGCUCUGGCUGCCUGACACCUACUUCCUCAACGACAAGAAGUCCUUCCUGCAUGGGGUGACAGUGAAGAACCGCAUGAUCCGGCUGCACCCCGAUGGCACCGUGUUGUACGGGCUCAGGAUCACCACCACUGCUGCCUGUAUGAUGGAUCUGAGACGCUAUCCCUUGGACCAACAGAACUGCACGCUGGAAAUAGAAAGUUAUGGCUACACCACAGACGACAUUGUGUUCUACUGGAAAGGUGGAGAUACAGCGGUGACUGGAGUGGACAACCUGGAGCUCCCACAGUUCACCAUCGUUGAGCUGAGGCUUGUGUCCAAGGAAGUGGUCUUUGCCACAGGUUCGUACCCUCGGUUGUCACUCAGUUUCCGCAUCAAGAGGAACAUCGGAUACUUCAUCCUGCAAACCUACAUGCCCUCAAUCCUCAUCACCAUCCUGUCCUGGGUCUCAUUCUGGAUUAACUAUGAUGCUUCUGCUGCACGAGUCGCCCUGGGAGUUACGACGGUUCUGACAAUGACCACAAUCAACACUCACCUCCGCGAAACCCUCCCCAAGAUCCCCUACGUCAAGGCCAUUGACAUUUACCUGAUGGGCUGCUUUGUCUUUGUCUUUCUGGCCUUGCUGGAGUAUGCCUUUGUCAACUAUAUCUUCUUCGGCAAGGCUCCAACACAGCACACCAAACCCCUGGGCAAAACCAGCAAGAACAACGCAGACUGGGGCAGCUUCCCAAACACGGGGAUUGAUGUCCAUGGAAACAUUCUCCUCAGCACCUUGGAACUGAAUGAAGAGGUGGUGCCCUCGGAGCCAGCCAGCAGUGUCAGCAAUUCCCGUAAUUCUGUCAUGUCCUUUGAUAGUUCUGGAAUUCAGUUUCGAAGGGUUGGAUCCAGGGAUGGGCUGGAGCCCACCCCCCGCGAGCGGAAGCGAGACCGUGAGCUCACCAAAAGCCGACUGCAUCGACGGUCAUCCAAGCUGAAGCUGAGGAUCCCCCACCUGAUGGAUGUUAGUGCAAUUGACAAGUGGUCGAGAAUCGUCUUCCCCAUCACCUUUGGCUUCUUCAACAUCAUCUACUGGCUGUACUACGUGCACUGACAGAGAGAUGGGAGCUCCUCUCCACACAGGGCCAGCCAGGUCUCGUGCUCACAAUAACGUGACCAGGACUUUAUACACAUGUAAAAAGGGACAAUGGGUGAACGCCUGAACAUGAUGUAUUGUACAGUUCUCCUUGCAGCCACUACACUUACCCUGACAUUGAAACCAUGA